AUGAAGGUUACCGUCUCCCUCGCCCUGGCCGGCCUCGCGGCCAUUGCCAGCUCCUCCCCGUGCCAGGCCAAGCCCAUCACAGGCAACAGCACGAUGCUCUCCCACUGGCCCCCGGCGGCGGCGGCGUCGCUCGAGGCCAUGAUCAAGCGCAACGCACACACCGGGGCGUACGCGGCGUUCGACAUGGACAACACGUCGUGGCGCUUCGACGUCGAGGAGUCGCUGAUCCCGUACCUGGACAACAAGGGCGUUCUGAGCCGGGACAAGCUCGACCCUUCGCUCAAGAUCAUCCCGUUCAAGGACACCGAGACGUACAAGGAGUCGCUGUACAGCUACUACAACCGGCUGUGCGACAUCGACUCCAUGAUCUGCUACCCGUGGGCGGCGCAGGUGUUUUCGGGCCUGAAGCUGCGCGAGCUCAAGGGCUGGGUCGACGAGCUCAUGUCGUUCGAGGGCGGCAUCAUCAACACGACGCAGUGGGUCGAUGACGCCGUCCAGCCCGUGUCCGUCAGCCGGCCCGUCCCCUUCCGCGGGCAGCAGCAGCUCUACAACGCGUUGAUGGACAAUGGCAUCUCGGUCUACGUCGUCACGGCGUCCAACGAGGAGCUGGUGCGCAUGGUGGCGUCGGACCCCAAGUACGGGUACAACGUGCCGCCGGAAAACGUCAUCGGUGUGACCACGCUGCUGGCCAACGCUUCGGACCCGUCCAACCCCACGACGGCGCGCAAGCAGAUCGAGGACGGCGUCUACGACCUCGAGGCCAACCUCAACCUGACCAUCACGCCGUACCUGUGGACGCCGGCCACGUGGAUGUCGGGUAAGUAUGGCGCCAUCAUGACCUACAUCAGCCAGUGGCGCAAGGCGGUUCUGGUGGCGGGCGACACUCCCGACAGCGACGGCUACAUGCUGUUCCACGACGUCGACAUCGCAAAGGGUGGCGUCAGGCUGUGGAUCAACAAGAAGAAGAGCAAUAUGGAUCAGUUGAAUGGCAUGAUUGCCAACUACACCAAGGAGCAGACCAGCCUGGGACAGGAGGUCACGGCGGAUAAGAACUGGGUUAUUGUGACGCCUGAGGAGAUUCUGUAA